AUGGCAUUUCUACUGGCACUUUGUAAUAGAUUUUGCCAUCUGAUCAGUUUAGGUAAUAUGAUGGAUCUGUGCAUGAGCCAAUUUACUUCAAGUGACAGAUUAGUUUCUGCUGUUUUCUAUUCUUUCUAUGCUCUAAAUCCUUCAAAAUGGAAUGGAAAGCCUUCUGGAGGGCUGCAUGAACUAGCAAGGGCUUUAGGUUUGAUUACCCUAACUGCCUUCUCUCCGGAGCCAUACUUAUCACCUGAUUCCUUCCACAAAGCCCUUGUUUUCGCGUCGUUAGAGGUGCCCUUUUUUUUACAAAGGUUGUCUUCGCUAUCUUUCGUGGCAGGUCAACCUAUCGGGUAUCAUACCUCAUGGCCUUUCGUUGCCCUAUCUCCUGGUCGUUUGUUUCGUCAGUAUGCCAUACUUGGUGACGAUGUUGUCAUCGCCAAUGAGAAGGUUGCCUCAGUUUAUGAAGACAGCUUCUCAAAAUUAGGGGUAUCUUUUUCUUAUCAUAAAUCGUUGAUCUUUAUCUUUAAUACAGGCUGUGCUGAGUUUGCUAAGCGCUUUCGUGCCCUUAGUAAAUUGACUCACACUAGGUCUAGAUCUUUAGAUCGAUUGUACCUAAUCUAUAAUAUGGACCAAGCAACUUAUCCCACUAGAUCUUUGGCUAGGGCGGGGUCGUCCAUUGAACCAUAUCUUCGGGGGCAUCCCCUUAUCCUUCUACGUAAUAGCAAAUUCUAAUGAAUUGAUUCCCGAGGGUUAGUAGGAUAAAGGGAAAUAGCCCUUUUCUGUUUGGGAAGGGAAAGAUAUAGCGAGACUCUUUCUACUACGGAUCCUUUUAGUCGAGCCAGCCUUAGGCUUCCCUUCCUUAAUAAAAAAUAAAGAGUAGCUCUCUUUCUCUUAAAGUGUUUCACUACUUCACAAAGUUACUGCGUACCUGAACCUUAUAUUAUAAUAUAACAGUCUCUCUUUCUUGACUAAGCCCCGCUUGCUUGUUCUUAGAGUUUGAUUGCUGCAACGGAUUUGAAGCUUACUUCUUUUUUUAUCUACUGAACCUGGGAAAGGAGCCUACUUUGAUAGUGUAGUCAGGGCCUACUGAAU